AUGGCUGAAAAUGCUGAAUUAGCUAAUCUGAAAACAUAUAGUAGGUUUGCGGAUGACCAGGUAUUACCAGCAUUAUAUACUCACUUACCUCCAGAUCUUUGUAAUAGUGUGAAAAUAUAUAUAGCUAUAAGAGGUGCAGGACAUCAAACUAUAGAUAAUUUCUUUGCUGAUCUCAGGAAGUAUUGGGUAGAAUGUCAACUGCCAGAAAAUGUAGUUAAUUCGAAUAAUGCUUCAAUCUUUGAUAGUUAUCUUAAUCAAGAAUUGGAAAAAAGAUUAGAAGUAAUCGAAAUUAAUUUAGCAAAACUCACCAAACUCAUAAGAGAAGAUACCAAAUCAGCUUAG